AUGGCUGCCAGGAAACUACAAACUGAAAUCGAACGAACUCUGAAAAAAGUCGCUGAAGGUGUCGAGAUAUUCGAGUCCAUAUUCGAGAAAAUAUCCACAGCUACAAAUGCCGCCCAAAAGGAAAAGUUUGAGGGCGACUUGAAGAAGGAAAUCAAGAAAUUGCAGAGAUAUCGAGACCAAAUUAAAACAUGGAUGUCAUCAAACGAAAUAAAGGACAAGAGAGCCCUGCUCGACAACAGAAAACUGAUAGAAUCCCAAAUGGAAAAGUUCAAGGCAAUGGAAAAAGAACUGAAAACAAAGGCAUUCUCAAAAGAAGGGCUACUACAGCCAGGCAAAGUAGAUCCCGAAGAAGCUAAACGUGAAUCCCUCGCAGAUUGGAUUCGCAGAACAGUCGAAUCCCUCCAGGAAAUGAUUGACAAGCUAGAAUUCGAACAAGAGCAGCUUCUAUCCACAAUAAAGAAGAACAAAAAGGCCGAUCCAUCAAAGCAAGAUCGCUUAAAUUCCGUUGAACACUUACUGGAACGACAUAAAUGGCAUAUAAACAAGCUGGAAAUUAUAUUGAGAUUACUGGAGAAUGGGAAUCUGACGUUUGAUCAAGUUCAAUCUAUACAGGAUGAUGUGUCGUUUUAUGUCGAGUCUUGUGAUGAUGAAGGAUUUGACGAAGAUGAAGGCAUUUAUGAUGAUUUGAAUCUGGAGGAGGCUGGAUUGUAUGGUUUGCCUGCUGAUGAUGAAGAUGAGGAGAAUGAUGAUAGCGAUGCUGAACCAGGAUCCCCCAGAGAUAGAGAGGGCUCGCCUGAGAUAUCACCGACACCACCAGCCAAAGAGGAGAAGAGGAAGGCUAGUAAAGACAUCGAGGUGGAGCCGCCCAAGGCUGCUGCCAAAGUCGUCGCUCCAACACCGCCGCUGCCUCCAAAAGCUGUGGAACGAGUGGCCUCAAAGGACGACGGUAAAGCUAAACCUGCCACAGUUGCUCCAAUACCCGCCGCCGCGUCAACAACAUCACGGCCUGGUUCGACGACUGUAGCGCCAUCAACACCAUUGUCAUCGAUAACAAAAUCAUCACCAACAAUACCUGCAAGCGUCCCAACACCAAGAGAUGUAGUGCCGCCACCACAACGGUAUGCAGCAGCAGCUAGUGUAUCUGCUGCUGCCGCAACUGCUAGUAGUGCGGCCGCAACAUCCUCAAUAACGCCAUCUGCAGCAUCAACUAUAACAUCUGCUAUAUCCUCAGCUGCUGAUAAAGUGUCUCCAGUGCGGUAUGGUGAUGCUGCAUCAGCAGCUAUAUCUUCAGCACCCAUUGCUGCUUCAAUAGGGCAACCAAUAACGACGGCCAGUGUUGUUGGUAAGCCCGAAAUAUCUCCUACUACAGCUAAACUUGUCCCUAAAGAGACAGUCACAUCACCCAUAUCAACGUCACAGCAACCACUUCAGCAGCAGCAAUCUAGUAAUGUAGUUGGAGGCCGACCGCCAGCCACUGCUGCUGGAACAGCAGCAACUCCAUCGACGAUACAAACUGUACCACCAGCAUCAAGUGAAAAAUUGUCAUUAUCGCAGCCCUCUCCGACAACUUCUUCCUCUGUUGCUUCAUCGCAACCGCGGAUACCAACAACGCCAGAAGCACCAAAAGAUGAUCAAACGGUUGAGACAGUGGAUAAGAGAUUAUCUGACUUGGUUGACUCGUUUGAAGCUACGAAAGCCAAGUCACUGGCAGCUCAAAUCGAACCUGGAUACAUACAUAACAUGAUGGAAACAAGCUUUCAGUAUGUGCCGGAUGCGUCUGAUUCAGAAAAGCCGAAGCAUUACAUGCCAAAGAGUCCAUAUCCAACACCUGGAUACUAUCCUCAAACACCGCUGGCGCUACUUGAGAAUCUAGCCAUGUUUGAAAAGUUUGAUAUUGAUACCCUGUUCUUCAUCUUUUAUUAUCAGCAGGGGACGUACCAGCAGUACUUGGCUGCUCGAGAACUGAAACGACAAUCUUGGAGAUUUCAUAAAAAGUACUUGACAUGGUUUCAACGGCAUGAAGAGCCUAAAUCCAUAACAGACGAGUAUGAGCAAGGCACAUACAUCUAUUUUGAUUAUGAAGGUGCAUGGUGCCAGCGGAAGAAGUGUGAAUUCAGGUUUGAUUAUAGAUAUUUGGAGGAUGCAGAGUUAUCAUAA